AUGGGCAAGCCCCACCAAACCACCAACAUCAACACACAUCCCACCCUGCCCAUGGCCGACGACAAAUCGCCGUCAAUUGGAAUCAGCACGCCAGGCGAGGAUUUACAUGAAUACCUGAUUGUGCCUAUUCGCCCGCCCUAUACAGACUCGAUUUCAAGUUCAGCUGCCAUUCCCAAAUUCACUCAUACCUUGCCCCCGGAUUGCAGUAAACACAGCCAGGACUCGGCGGCAGAUUUGACCAUGGAAAUCGAUACUUCCACCGCGCUACCUGUUCUCCCGGGUACACUUACGGUGAACGACCCUACCCAGCAUGGCGUCUUCAAACUAGAAGAUUACCUCGCCCAGCACAAGGCCGAUCACGAGGCUUCUCUUUUGGCGCGCGAGCAAGCUUCCAAGGCAGGCGUCAAGACUGGAAAAACUACGCCAACGCCGCCGCCUGCGAAAAAGGCAAAGAAGGCUUCUGCGGAGGCAACGGCACCCCUUACUCCCGUCGCGGUCGGCGCCCGCUCCUCGAAGAAUACCAUUCUCCUGCACGAAAAGUACCAGGCGCUCGCUCUGCCCCAGCCGCUGUUUACGUAUAGUGGAGGCAGCGAUGUGGGCUGGAGUGUUGCAGUGAGUUUCCCCGGGUUGGAGGUGGAGGAGUUGCAGGGCGUGAAACAGGAGGGGACUUUUAAUAGUAAGCAGGAGGCCAAGGAGGCCGUGAGUAAAAUAGCCCUAGAGUUGUUGGAGCGAAUGAUAGAGGAAGGCAAGGUGGACGGAAGAGCGGGGAAAAGAAAGGGCAGGAAGAGUAGUGGAGGUGUUGAAGAAGGUGAGAAGAGCAACCAGAUCAAGGGACCAGGACCGAAUUAUGUGGGCUUGUUACUUGAAUUCCAACGUGCAACUGGUUCCCCCCAACCCACUUACACAGACUACCAAUCCGGCACCCGCUUUGCCUGUCUCGCGUCGAUAGAUGGCCACCCCACCCCCUUUGGCUCCCUCACCUCGCUGCACGCGAACAAAAAAGCAGCCCGUCAAGAUGCGGCAGGACACGCCGUCGCCUACUUCAAAGCACAGGGUCUAUGGCCCACAGACAUCCCACUCCUAGGCGGCAUCAAAAAGACGAAACCCAAGGCCGGAUUGGAUCAACAGAACCAGCAGCCCACCGUCAUUGGAACUUCUUCACCAGGCAGCAGUAACACCGAUCCGCCAGCAGAAGACCAGGACAACACCGGCAAAUCCAGCCUCGCACCCAAUGGAGCCAAACUUCCACACGGUGUCCUGCAGUUUCCGCAAUGGCGGGCCGCACGCCGGGCCCAUGUGCGAGGUGCGCAAUGUGUUUGGGCGGAAGAAGGCCAAGGAGGAGUGUGCGAGGCUGGUGGUGGGGUAUUUGGAGGAGGUUAG